AUGGCCGCGUACAUCGUUACUGGCGCCUCGCGAGGUAUAGGAUUUGCCUUUCUACAGAAUCUCUCAAGCAAUUCGGCUAAUAUAGUCAUCGGACUUGUCCGCAAUAAGGCGGGCGUUGAGUCCAAGAUCGCUGCGUGGAACAGGACCAACAUCCACUUCGUUCAAGGAGAUCUCAAUGAUUACGACUCGCUGGAGCGCGCGGUUGAGGCCACUGCUGAGAUUACAGGUGGAGCCCUGGUUGAGAUGUUCCGGACAAACGUUGUCGGAAACGUCCACCUUUUCAACCUCUUCCUGCCGCUGGUACUAAAAGGCAACGUAAAGAAAGUCAUCACGCUAUCUACUGGUAUGGCCGACAUCGAAAUAGCUAGGGCCUACAACAUCCACGAGAAUGGACCCUAUGCAAUCAGCAAGGCCGCGUUGAACAUGGCUGUUGCCAAGUUUAGCGCUGAGUAUUCCAAAGAUGGCGUGCUUUUCAUUGGCAUCUGUCCCGGUCUGGUGGAUACGAGUCGAUAUGCUAACGUUGCGCCCGACGAUGCUGUCAAGGAUGUGUUGAGUGUUGCUAAGAAAGCGAGCGUUGCGAAUGGCGAUGGAGGGUCGUAUGUUUCCCACUUUGGAAAUAAGACAUGGUUGUAG